AACUCACGGCUCACUUGCUAAUUGGGUGUCCAGACUUGUAAUUAGAGAUAAGGAAUCAGACGAGAACCCUCCAGCCAGCCGUCGCUCUGCAUUGAUCUUUAUUGUCAUUUCCCACUUUGUGCUUCUCUACAUCUUAAUCGUCACAUUUCACAUCAUUUCGCGAAAGUGGAAUACAACAUAUUUAGUUUAGUUUUUACUGAUGGCAUCUUUUGUAGGCGCAUGUGAGACAGUCAGAGCUCUUGGAGCACAGACGGUUUCUAUGCAUUACAGUGUUUCCCCGAGGUUUACAGCUUCAGGGGGGCGGGGACUAGUGCCAUGUUGGUGCCCUAAGCUUCACUCCUUCACGAUGCCUCCCCUGAGAUAGGAAAGGGACCCACGGCGUCGACAGGUAGCGGGGGGGGGGUGCUGCUAGUGGGAGUGUGCUCACCUGUCUGCUCACCGCACACGCUGGCAUCGGAGCUCUGCGGCGCGCGAGACGGAGAGCCGAGAAGUGUUAACGCGACACGUUUAAUAAAAGAACAAAGACGUCUUUAAGAAAAGGGACCUUAUAUUACUUCGCCUGUAAUCUGGCGCUAUAGAGAAAAUUACAGGGUGGCGGGCGGAGAUUUCAGCGGGGCGGGCCGCCACCCUGAUAGAAUGGUAGGGGAAACACUGCAUUAGUUUCUGUUUCUUUUUGUCUUUUUGGCCAUACUUGUAACAAUCUGUAUAUUUUUGUGCAGAAAUAGUGUGGAAUUGCUGCAGCGUAUUAUUCUUGCACACGUGACACGGCAAUGUAUCGCUAUUCACGGUGAGAUACUCGAGACGUGAGCGUGACCUCGAGGUCACCGGCUUGUAAAGCGAGGAGGACUUUGCUGUCGUGACUGGACGUGGCGCGGCGCGUUCUUUGAGGUCGGCGAGGUCGCGGUGCUGACGCCACGCCGUGCACAUGCAGGUCAGCUGAGGGGAAGUCCGAGGGCCGGAAUUACAGAGCAGCCGAUCCAUGUAUUGGGCAACGAUACAAGAGACACAGUGGUAGUACAUGAGGAUUAAAGCCCUGAACUGAUGAGGCGCAGCAGUGAGGGGGGGGGGGGGCUUUGUGGUAUUUGGAGGAGUGCAAAGAGGCAGUGCUCUUUUUUAAUUUAUUUUUAUUCAGCAAUGUUUGAAAGUGGCUGUGGCAUCUGUUAUUACCACCGCCGUUAUUUAUUGAAGUUUCACUCGGCGGUGAACUGGCAUCCCGCCUCGAUGCCUCUGGCUUAUCGUUCGUCCGAAAGGCCAGCGGAGACGAGAGGUCACGGUGUGGCUGCUCAACGUGUUUGGGUUGACACGUCAUGUGUUCACUGGACUGCGUGUUUGGAGUAACACACGAGACAAAGCGGCCCCGAUCACGCCCGCGUGCGUCCUCGCGCCACGUCGUUAUGCGGUGGCGGCGCUGGCAUCGAAUUUGGCCGCGGAGGAAGUCGUUAAAUGUGUGCAAACGCUCCGCGAGCGGCUUCAUAACGGACUGAUAUUUGGAUAUUUGGGACGACAGAUGUUCACGUUAUUAGGGAUGGGUAUCGUUUUUUUCUUCUUCCCGAUACCGGUUUUAAACCGGUACUUUUAAAACGGUACCGGUGCCUGAACCGAUACUUUAAAAAAGAGAAGCACAAAACGACAAUUGACAAUGAGGACAUUAAAAACCUCUUCGGCCAUAUUCCCUGUGAGAGCCGUUCACAUGGCGCACUGACUAAACAACAGAUAGCACUGUCGCGCUCGAGGCUCGCUUAAGAUGUGGUGAUUUGGUGAGCUUUUAAAUAUUUAUUCUUGACACUUUGCACCGAGCUCGCCGAGCUCUCGCUCCCUGUCCCAAUUUGUUAUGCUAAACUAAGCUAACCGGCUGAUAGCUAAAGAGUGGUAUCGAUCUUCUCAUUUAACUAAGAAAGAGACCGAUAGAUUUCCUCUAAUGACAAAAUACUCUUUCGGGCCAUAUAGAUUGAGUGAUGGUCUUAAGUAUGUGUAUCUCAACAUUCAAGACGAGGCAGCAUGUGGGUUCUUUCUCAAUACUCCUCAAGGAAUACAAUGACAACGGUGUUUGGGUUCAUGUUUUUGGACACAAAUGACGCCGGUUGUUUGUGAAAAGACUCGUAUCUGUAGUCAUGGUGACAGAUUGUGGCGCUGACCCAGCGUUCUGCCCCUGGUACCAACCCAGACGACCCGCGAGGGGAACCGCCCGGUCGGCCAAUCGGCUGCGUCGCGCUCCGCCUCAGCGCCUCUCUGCCGUCUGCUGCUUCAUGGCUUCAGUUUUAAAGUUUGUCUUCUCAUCUCACCUGUGGUCUCAUCUUUUGUCUUGUUUUCUUUUUAUUUGCUCUUUGUUUUCACGUGUUCUGUCCUCCACCCUUCCUCCUCCUCCCCUGGUCGACGUAGAUCUUCCAGGUGCAGAAGGAGGACAGUGAGAGAUACUCACGUUCUUCGCGGAUCCAAACGCUCUCAGACGACGAUGAGCGGAUGUCAGUGGGAAGCCGGGGCAGCGUCAGGUCUGAUCUGGAUGCGGUCGGGGCUUACGGUGGCGGGGACUCACUUAGGAAGUCAAAGAAAAAGAAGAAACAUAAGCACAAAGACAAAGACAGGAACGGCCAUGACGAUGAUCACAGUGUGGUGUCCAGCCGGAGCUCCAGACUCAGUGAUGAAAGCCGAGCGUCUCGCUCCUCCAGGCUGGAGCUAGCGAGCUCCAGGCUGAGUGAUGACACCCGGGCGUCUCGUGCCUCCAGAUUAGACCUGCAGCCGGCCUCUUACGCUUCCUCUGACUUGUACAGCUUCAAUGGUCUGACCUCCUCCAGAACCCCGGGGUCAGCGUUCAAUGGUUACAAGCCUUUAGAGUACACGAGCUAUCGCAGCUCCGGCUCCAGAGCCUCGUCCAGGGCCGGCUCGGCCCGCGUCAGCCCAGUGGAACACUGCAGCUCCGUCGCCAGUUACCUGAGGAGUGCGGCCGCUGGCGGCGGCGGCCUCCCCCGGGAUCUGGACGACGUUACUAUUCCUGACUUUCCUGAUGCGGGUCGCUUUUCCGCCACAGGAAGCCGCGGCCGCGAUGUGGAGGACAGAGAUUAUCUUGAGAAGGGGUCUCGAGCAGCUUCCGCCUUAACGGCAGCGUCCCUCAGCUCCGUCGGCGCCACUUCCUUGCGGAGGGGGAGCGGCGAGACGGCGAUAACCAUCGACGCAGAGACUUCUAUACGAGAAAUCAAGGAGAUUCAUGAGCUGAAGGAUCAGAUUCAAGACGUGGAAACCAAGUACACGCAGAACCUAAAAGAAGUCAAGGAUGCGUUCGUGGAGGUGGAGGAGAAGUACCGCAAGGCCAUGGUGUCCAACGCCCAGCUGGACAACGACAAGAACAACCUGAUGUACCAGGUGGACACGCUGAAGGACUCGCUCAUGGAGCUGGAGGAGCUGCUGUUCGAGUCGCGCCGCGGCUACGAGGAGAAAGUCAAGGAUCACGACCGCGAGAAACACGCCCACACGGUGCUGCAGUUCCAGUUCGGUGAAGUGAAGGAGACGCUGAAGCAGAGUGAAGAGCUGCUCAACGACAUCCGCCAGCUGCGUAUCAAGCAGGAGGGUUUUGUCAGAGAGAUCUCUGACCUGCAGGAGACAGUGGAGUGGAAGGAUAAAAAGAUUGGGGCCUUAGAGCGGCAGAAAGAAUACACAGACGCCAUUCGCAUUGAGCGCGAUGAGCUCCGAGAAGAGGCGGUGAAGCUGAAAGACAUUGUCAAGAAACACGGGAUAGUACUGAGUCCUGAUCUCACCGUCAAUGGGGACAUUGGUGAGGCAGAGGUGGGCGGCUCCCCCAGUGGAGACGCUGCCACUCGACCGGCUCCGGACUCGCACACCACCCCGUCGGAGGGGAACAGCAUACUGGGCAACACGGAGGACACUCCAUUGAGAAGUAGCGGAGAGGAAGAGGUGGAUCCAGAGCGGCGUCGAGAAAUGUUUGAGGACGAAAAAGAGAAUCCUGCGAGCUGUGACGCGCUCUGUAAUGUUGCUGCUGUGUCCACGCCGGAGACAUCUAGCGAAGAACAGCCAACAGAAGAACAGACAUGCUUGGAAGAGGACAAGAAGACCGCGGCAGAAGAAGACAACGUUGAAGAAAGUGGCCUCGGCAAGGACUUAAAUGUUGACAAUAUUGACCAAUCAAUCACAGAAGCCAAAUGUAUAAUCAUAGGCAGUCCUGGGUUUAAAGAGAUUGGAACAAGGUCUGAGGAAAUUGUUCCAGAAACCAAAUCGCCUCAAGGGGGAGAUUUAGGGGAGACGAGUCACCCAGAUGUAGGGGAAACGAGUCACCCAGAUGUAGGGGAGACUAGUCACCCAGAUGUAGGGGAGAUUAGUCACCCAGAUGUAGGGGAGAAGAGUCACCCAGGUGUAGGGGAGACGAGUCACCCAGAUGUAGGGGAGACGAGUCACCCAGAUGUAGGGGAGACGAGUCACCCAGAUGUAGGGGAGACGAGUCACCCAGAUGUAGGGGAGACGAGUCACCCAGAUGUAGGGGAGACGAGUCACCCAGGUGUAGGGGAGACGAGUCACCCAGAUGUAGGGGAGACGAGUCACCCAGAUGUAGAGGAGACGAGUCACCCAGAUGUAGGGGAGACGAGUCACCCAGAUGUAGGGGAGACGAGUCACCCAGAUGUAGGGGAGACGAGUCACCCAGAUGUAGAGGAGACGAGUCACCCAGAUGUAGGGGAGACGAGUCACCCAGAUGUAGGGGAGACGAGUCACCCAGAUGUAGAGGAGACGAGUCACCCAGAUGUAGGGAAGACGAGUCACCCAGAUUUAGGGGAGACGGAAACCAAAAGCAGUCGUGUUGACAUAGAGAGUGAUGAAAUCAACGAGUCAUGUAAGAACCUUUUUGAAAAGCAAGAAAACAUUCGGGAAGAUGAUGAAAGUAACUUGCUAGAUACAGAAUCAUGUCAUCAGCAAAAAGUUUCACUGAUGUCAGAAGGUUUACCCGAUGAGUCCGACCCAACCGCGUCAAACGCCGAACCUCAACAAGAGCCGGAGAAUGCCGACGAGCCACAGAACGACGAGGCAGAGGAAAUAUCAGGUCAAUGUCAGCCUCAGGACGCCGCUGCUUCAGGGAAGAAGAAGAAAAGGAAGAGGAGAGGCAAAAAGAAAGGAGGAACAAACAAGGAUAAGAACCAACAAAAAGAAGGAAUUGAUGAAGAAAAAGGCAGAGAAGAAGUAGACAACAAAUCGGCUACAAGAAACCCACAAGAACCUGAAGUCAACGGUUCUGCCACUGAAACUCUCAAGAAGUCGAGAGUUGCUGAAGUUAAGAAUGAGCAGGACGGGCGAGAUGAGGCAGCAAAACCCACAGAAACCUUUCCUACCAAUGAACCUCUGAAAGAGUCUCUAGUGGAACUCGUUCCAGAUGAGCCCGACGAAGAACAAAAGUUGCAGACGGAGAACUUAAAGGAAGCAGAACCCGGGGCAACUCCCAACAAAGAAAGGUUGGAUCAUGUUCCGGAUGAACAGAACGAGGGACCGAGUUCAGAAGCUGAAACCGUAGAAGCCGUAGAGGCAGUGGCACCCGGUGAAACAUUGUCUCGCGUUGAAACCCUCAAUGACUCCAGAGCAAAGGCCAAAAAGGACGAGGGACAAACCUUUGAAACUGAGGAAGUAGAGGAAGUGGGAUCCAUAACAAGUCCUGUCCCAGAGACCAAGCCCAGCACUUCUGAUCUUAUCGACACCUCUAAAGAUGCAGAACGCACCAAUGGUCUUGAUGGAGAGUGUUCUUCCAGUAUAGAUAACUCUAAAAGUGAAACCAGCAUCUCAACCACUGACGAUGUCACCGACACCGAGUCAAAAAUGGAUAGAGUCGAGGAUGAAGUUGGGUUCAUUGACGAGACGCAAUCUGAAUGUACAACUAAUAACCCCGAGAACACCUUUGAAACGAGCGCUAAGGAAGACACUGAAGAAUUGCACGUUCAAAGCAAUGUUGACGUCGCUGCCCAUGAACCUGAAUCCUCCAUCGAUCCCGAGAGUACGGGCAAGGCGUCUGUGUCCCAGUCCUCUACCGACGUCUUCACCGAUGUCUUCGCCGACGCUUUUCUUGUCAAGAGCUUGUCUGGCUCCGAGUCGCCCGCAGACAUGAACACGGGCAGCGGUGGCGCUUCCAAAGGGGUUUUAGGUGGAGGUCCAGAGGAGGCAAGAGCAGAGGCUGAGCAGGACUCCUCUCCUCCUCCCGGUCCUGAUGGGCACCGUUUGGAGCCAAAAGCAGAAAGAACCAAGUUGAACGAAGGCUUGACGGACGCCGAAGAUUUAGUCAAGUCAGCCCAAUCCUGUGAGGGACAAAGUGAUAGUUGUGCAUUAUUAGUUAAUACCACCGAUGCCUUUGACUCUGUGAAGAGUCCGCUGGAGACCGCCGGAGGAGCACAGGCCGGACAACCGGGUGACGUCCACAGCCAGGAUCUGCCUGAGGAGUCUGAUGCCAAAGUGUCCGCUGAAGCAGAAAAGGUGAACACCAUUGACGUGUUGAAUACAACGGCCUCUCCAAAAGAAGCGACUGAAAUCGGGUCCUGGACAGAGCAGGACCACGGGGCUGAAGGGUCGACCGUUCCAGAGCGUCCAAACGGUGAAAAGGAUCCGCAGAGCGAGGCGGAGCAACCGCAUGAACCCGGCACAGACGAGUCUGAGGGCGACGAUCCGCCUGGACCCUCCCUGCAGGACGGCAAUGAAGAGGACGGAGACGAAGGUCUUCCUUUUGAUUUCGAUGACAAGGAGGCAGCUGGAGCCAAUCCAAAACAGGAAGCGGUGGAGGAGGGAGUUGAAGUCGUGCCCGACGACGGCAGCAAUGGUAGUUUGUCCAAUGAGAAUAGGCGAGCGGAGCUACUUGAGAGUGUUGACGAAGCGGGUACGGUAGCCGGGGGCAACCGGGUAGAGUCCCCGGAUACCGCGCCUCCAGACAACCGAAGGGCCCGCGGGGACGCCUCGUCCAAAGAGGCGGGGCGGGCGGCAAAUGAAAAGCAGAAACGCAUUCCAGAGGAAGAAGUGGGCGUGGCAGAUGAGCCCAGGCACAUGGCAGAGGGAGGGCGGGGUUUGAGUGUUGGCGGGCGGGGCGACAUCGUCCAGCCUCCGCCUGGAGAGGAAGGGCUGGAUGCCAUGAAGCAGGAGCUGCACGGCCGAGAUUCACCAAAGAGAGCCGAGCCGGUGGCGAGCGGUCAGGAGCCACAGCAGGCGGGCAGCGGCGUGAAGAGGAGCAGCAAGAAAGGCAAAGGCAAGGGCAAAGAGGACUGUAAGAUGUCUUAGCUCAUCGAGGGUACCUGGCAUAGAUGUAUAUCAGAUCAUCAGUCUUAGGGAGUCAAUAGUUGCCGCACUUUGAUCCUUUCCCAAUUGAAUAUACGUUUGUAUAUCAUUUACAUUCAGUCCAUGUCCACAGGACAGAUCUCAGUGUCAUGUGAGCUGCUCGGUGGCGCUCCAUCGUACUCUUGGACAAUACUGCACUAGCUACGUCUUUUGUUUUGCCGUCGAUGCACAUUUCUCACGCUGCUGCUUGUCGUGUGUCGCGGAUGAAAUAAUGUCGUGUCAUUUUCCUCACGUUACAACUUCAGGACCGAUUGAUUCAUUCCACGUGUGUCCGAUUGAAGAAGAAAAACGCACUCCUGUUAAUCGGUAAUGUUUUAGUUGGAGAAGCGUUGACGUGAUGUUGGUGGUGACGAUGCAAAGUGACUGGAGGCCCUGAUCUGUAAACCAACUGCUGUAUGACAUGGGAAUGUCUGACACGUGUAUGUUUGCAUUUUAUUGCACUUUAUUGCCCAAAUGCCAAUAAAAAACAUGCUUUUACCCAUUUUAAA